AUGAUAAAGGAUGAUGGUGAUGGUGAAUUUCAGGAACAACGAAAAAAAAAGAAAAAGAAAAAUAAAGACAGAGCAAAAGCAGUUUUACAAGAAAUAUUAAAUGAUCCUAUUUUAACAACAACAUCAAAUAAUACAAAUAAUGUUGAUGAGAAUCCGGUUAAUUUACAAGAAGAUGAAGAAGAAUUACGUCGAUUAGAAAAUAUUGAUAAUGUAUUGAUACCAUUUACGAUUCCUAAUCAAACUAAUGAGAAAGAAUAUCAACAAAUUAAUAUAGAACAACUUGAAUAUAUGCAACAUUUAUUAAAUAAUAGAACAGCCUUUUUAUCAGAUGAUGAAGUAAAGAACCUCAAAGAGUUAUGGUCAACAUCAAUAAAUAAAGACCAACGACAAGCACUUUAUCGUUAUUGGCUUUGGAAAUAUGUUCAAUUACUUACAGACGAAUGGUUUCAUUUAAAUGAACAAUAUGAUGAAAAUCAUAAAUCAAUGCAAGAAUUAUGGUUUGCAAAUGAUCAAAUAUACAUGGAUAAAGCAUUUAUAAUUGCUAUGACAACUCAUUGUGCAUCACGAUAUCAAAAAGUAUUGAAACAAAUAGCUCCUCGUAUUUGUAUAGUUGAAGAAGCAGCUGAAGUAUUUGAAUCCCAUAUUGUCACAGCUAUUGGGGAACGUAUUGAUCAUUUAAUUCUUAUUGGUGAUCAUGUUCAACUUCGUCCAUCACCAAAUGUUUAUACAUUAGCAAAACAUUUUAAUCUUGAUGUAUCUUUAUUUGAAAGAUUAAUUAAAAAUAAAAUGCCAUCUGUUCAAUUAUGUGUUCAACAUCGUUCAAUUCCAAUUAUUUCUAGUUUAACACAUCAUUUUUAUGAUAUACCUAUACUUAAUCAUGAAUCCGUAUAUAAUCAUCCAUCGAUUAUUGGUAUAGCUCAUCCACUUUAUUUUAUUGAUCAUAGAAAUUUUGAAGAAAAUGUUGCUGAUGAUGUAUCAAAAAGAAAUCCUUAUGAAAGUACUUAUAUUUUACAACUAGCAGAUUAUUUACUUAAGCAAGGCUAUGAAAAAAGUGAUAUAACUAUUUUAACAACAUAUAUGGGUCAACGGCAACAAAUUCAAAAAUCAAUCAAUCAAUUAAAACAUCUUAAAGGCAUUCAUGUUACUGUGGUAGAUAAUUUUCAAGGAGAAGAAAAUCGAAUUGUUCUAUUAAGUCUUGUACGAAGCAAUGCUGAUCAACGUCUUGGUUAUGUAGCUGUUGACAAUCGUAUAUGUGUUGCAUUAUCUCGUGCUCAAAAUGGAUUUUAUGUUAUUGGAAAUUUUCAUUUACUUACUGAACAGAAUGAAACAUGGAAAAUUAUUGUUCAUAAAAUGAAACAAUUGAAACUUAUUGGAUCAGGUCUUCCAAUACAUUGUCCUAAUCAUUUUGAUAAUCAAAUAAUAUGUAUACAUCCAAAUGAUUUUAAUAAGCGACCUCUUGGUGGAUGUGGACUUAAAUGUGAAGUUCGUCUUCCAUGUGGUCAUCAAUGUCCAUUGACAUGUCAUAAUACAUCACAUAAUUUAAUAGUUUGUCAAAAGGCUUGUCUAAAAAAAUAUGAUGAUUGUGAACAUCAAUGUCAGAAGAAGUGUCAUUCAACAACAAUAUGUCUACCAUGUCAUGAAACAAUUCGACUAAAAAUGCCUAAUUGUGAACAUAUAAGUGAUUUAGUUUGUUUUAUGCGUAAAAAUAAUCAACUUGAAUGUGGUGUACUUGUUCCAUAUACAUGUUGUCUUGGACAUCAAGUUCAAGUACGUUGUUGUGAUUUAAGAAAUAAAGAAUUACGAGAUCGGCUAUGUACACAUCCAUGUGAUUUUACUCUUGAAUGUGGACAUCGUUGUACCGGUACAUGUUCAACAUGUCUUCAAAGUCGAUUUCAUCGUCCAUGUGAUCAACAAGAACUUAUUGUUUAUACAUGUGGUCACAGUCGUCAGCAACGUUGUCAUGAACUUGGACCACGUUGUGAACAAAUAUACACUAAACAAUGCGAUCAUGAUGAUGUGCCGAGAAUGCCUGGUCAGAUUAAUCAAUGUUUUGUGUAUCAAUGUAAUCGGUACUGUCAGUAUAAAUGCAGACAUUUGCGUUGUGGACAACGAUGUAAAAACGAAUGUGAUCGUGCAACAUGCAAUGAAAAGUGUACACGACGUUUUGAAUGUGAACAUUAUUGCAAUGGAAUUUGUGGAGAACCUUGUAUUGAUUGUUUGGUUUGUCGUAGAAGUGAUUUACCAAGUGAAAUUCAAAAAGCAAUUCGUCAGCAAGGUAUAAGAUAUGCUACUUUUGUCCAACUUGAAUGUAAUCAUCUCUUUGAAACUGCUAUUCUUGAUGAAUAUAUUGAAAAAUUUGAACAACAAAAUUUUUUAUCAAAUGGACUAAUGUAUGCUGAAUAUCCUCGAUGUCCUAAAUGUCAACAUCCAUUGAUCAAAUGUAAACGUUAUUCACGUCUGAUAAAAAAGAUUCAACAAAGAAUUGGAAAUUGUACUAUUUUGUUGAAAACUCUCUCUGAUUCAUUAGCGAAUAAUUAUAGUUUAAGUUCACGUCCUUUAAUCGAAUAUACUGAAUUACCAGAACAUAUGAUUAAAAUUGUUAAAAGAAAUAUUGAUAAUAAUCGCCAAAGAAAACUUGCUGAAUUAUUUGUAUAUGUUGUGAAUCUUUUUCGUAAAUUAAAUGAUGAAGUCUCUACUGAACGUGACAUUAUAUUAACGACUAUUUAUGAAUAUGUUGAAAAGAACGAUUCAUUAUUUCUUACUCGACAACAAUGGUCAGAUCUUGAAAGUGAAUUUAAUCGAUUACUAGUGAUUGAUGCUAUGAGAAAAUCUGAAAAAUUAUCAGAACCUGAUCAAAAAGAAAUUGAUAAUGAAACAUUGAAUGAUAUUCUUUUUGGACCAAAUCCGUUCAGUCAACUUGCAUGUCAAGUAUGUAACAUUUUAUUGAAUAAAGAUAGUGACAAUAAUGACAAAUGGAAAUCAAUUCUUCCUGAUGAAACAAAAUGGGAAAAUUUUGAACAAGAUCGACUCGUAUGUGAUGAUAAAUGGUUUAUUUGUGCCCAAGGAAAUCAUUUGAUGUGGAAUAAAACCGUCACUGAACAAACAAUAUGUCUUGGAUGUAAUGUGCAAAACGAUCUAUUCACUGGUAUUGGUUUACGUCGUGGAAAAUCUAGUCCUUUUCGCGGUCGAUUUACUCGUCGAUAA